UUGGCCAACUUAAGUUGUUAUAUACAUCUGUUUUUCCCUUCUCUCUAUUACGAUAUAAUGUCAUCUACUGCUUCCAUUAUUAGACUUUUCAUUUUUUCAUUUUUUUUAAUGAAUUUAAGGGGAAAGCUUCCUGUGUUUUUCUUCGUUUCUUCUCCUCUUUUCUUGGUUUAUUUCAGGAGCUUUUUUGAAUAUAUACUUUGAUGCUUGAGCUUGAGAACAAUAUCGAAAAAUGUCAAGCUCAAAUAUUUCUUCAGGAUCAGAGCUGUGCUAUAUUCCUUGCAACAUUUGUAACUCAGUUCUUGCGGUGGGUGUUCCUUCAAGCAGAUUGUUCGACACAGUGACUGUUCGAUGUGAGCAGUGCUGCAAUCUUUGGGCGGUGAACUUGGCUACAUUACGAUCAAGAUCUGCUCAAGAUAGUGAACAGGUUACAAACUCCUGCUUGUUGAAGUACCAAAAUGAGUUGGGCUCUUCUUCCAAAUGUAAUAAGAACAAGUAUGUGAGGAAAGCAACAACCCUCAAUACCAUGCAGGAAAGGAUCGUAAAUCCACCUCCCAACAAAAGGCACCGGGCACCUUCAUUGUACAAUCAGUUCAUCAAAGAGGAGAUUCAAAGGAUCAAGACUAAUAAUCCAGAUAUAAGCCACAGGGAAGCUUUCAGUACUGCUGCCAAAAAUUGGGCACGCUUCCCACACAUUAAUUUUGGAUUGAUUUUGGAGAAAGCUGAUGACCAAGCCAAGCCGGAUGAGGGAACUAGUCCAGACUGAUUGGAUUGACAACGCCCUGUCUUUUCGAUGAAUGGGACUUACCAUAUAAUUUGUAGCACCACCCGUUUCCCUGUAUUAAUUUCUCUCCACUUUUCUUUAAGUUUGAAGUGAUCGAGUUCAACCGCGGGAACAUUACCGAAGCAAUGAUCUUUAGAUUGAUUAAUAUCAAUCCAAAAGACGCGUAUUAGUUGUAUUAUUUUUUCUUAUUGUUAUGCUUCAUUAUUAUAUAUAUUCAGGACUCAGAGGAGCAUUGCAAAGUAGUUGUCCAAAGGUACUUUCUGAGAAAAUUACUUUAGGAUGUAUUGCAGUAUAUGGAGAAGAUUGUGUUUAGGUGUGUGAAACUUUCAAGUCAUUUAGUUUAAAUAUGCAAAACUUUAUGUACGGUUUUUUAUUUAUUAUUGGAGUACAAAAGGCAUUUUUACUUAUUACAUAUACAAAAUUACUUGAUGAAAUAAUUUUUUAACACAAAU